CUACUGCUUCAUGGCUUUCAUAUCAGCAGUCAUGGAGGGGGCGGACACCCGUGGCCAGACCCAAGCAUUUGCAGAUGCCUGACCAAUCAUGAGGCCAAUUUAUUCGGGCAGUUUGGCCGCUCUUGUUGCCGCUGUUGCAAAGAGUUUUUCACCGGGUUCGCAAAAUACAGAGGCAAAAAUUUUAGGGACAGUUUCCAGACAUCCGUUCUGGGUAGGCCAUCUCUCGCUUUUCUUCUCUCGCGUCAAUUAAAAAUCCAAUCCCACUCUUUUAAAAAGCGCGUACAUUUUUUGCUUUAAACAAUGGCUCACGACGGUUCGCAUGUACUGGGAACGGUGAUAUCGACGAGCAAAAUAGGCGACGGUCUGGCCCCACUGUCCAUCGGCGGCUGCAUGCCGCCGCGUAGCAGCACCAGCGGGCUGUCGCGGGCAUCGGGCGACACAUUAGCAUCGUUCGAUGAGCCACCGCUGACGGUGCAGCUGGACGAUGAGGUUCUGGGCAGCGGGCAGUACGCGACGGUGCGGCUGGGGCGGCUGAGCACCGGGGGGGCGUGUGCAGUGAAGAUCGCCCACAAGCAGGACCCGGACGCAGUGGAGCUGGCGCAGAUCGAGGCGGCGGCGCUGGCGCGGGUGGGCGGGGCGCCAGCGACGGUGCAGUGCUUUGGAGUGGUGGACCUUGGUGCGGGCGUGGUGGAGCCGUGGGGGCAGGCGGCAGAGCGGAUGGCCAAGGGGCAAGGGCAGUGGGGGGUGGUGCUGGAGCUCUGCCAUGGCUCGUGCUGGGAGUUGAUGCAGCGGAGCCGGGCGGCCAUGGGUGCCGAGCUGUUUUUUGCGUGGGCGCGGCAGCUGACGCUGGCGCUGGCGGCUCUGCGCAGCGCGGGCAUGGCACACAAGGACAUUAAGCCGCACAACAUCCUGCUUGACAGGGCGGGGGCAGUGCGGCUGGCGGAUUUCACGGCGGCAGAGUUUUCACCAGCAGCAGUUGCGGCGAUGCGCGUCAGGUGGGAGGCAUUCAACCCAAACUCAUAUCCGCCAUACGUGGACUUCAGCGGCACGGUGCCGUAUAGCGCGCCGGAGGCAUUGAGUCCAGGGCUGGAGCGGACGGCCCAGGAGCUGCACAAGAUCGACGUCUUCAGUCUGGGCGUGACGCUGUAUGCGCUGUUUGUUAGCGGCCGUGAUCCGUUUGCCAGCGUCAAGAGCGGGCUGGAGCAGAUGCUGCUUGCGGGCCGCGGGGCUUUCUGGGAGUGGGAGGAGCGCCAGGCCCUGGCCGCUACGCCUAGCGCCCCACAGGAGGCAUCCGGCGGCCUGGCGCGCAGUCUGAGCCUGGGCCGCCGGCUGCGUCGUCGCCAGGCGUCGCAGGAAUUCCGUACGUUCCUGAGCGGCGAGCCGCUGCCAGCGGGUGUCGAGGCGCUGCUGCGAGCCAUGACGAGCCCCAAUCCAGACCAGCGCCCCGACGCGUCCGCCAUUCUGCAGGCGCUGGACGAGAUGGAGCUGGAGAUCUUCGAGCCCUGAAAUCAUUCUAUUUGCGUUAUUUCUUUCAUUUCUUUCAUUUCCUUCAUUUCUUGCACGUCUUUCCGAUCAUUUCCGUAU